AUGAAGACAUACUCGCUAAAAGACACUGGGGGUCUGCUGGUUGCCGCCCUCUUUGCCAUGGUCCGACUUUCAGCAGGACAUUCCUGGCCCGAGCAAGUGAGGCGCAUCGCACCAAACGGCACCAUGGUCGGCCCAGUGGGCUACUCGAGGGCUUACCAGACUGGGGACAAUCAGUACCAGCUUAUUCACGGACUCGAUUCUGCUCUCCUUUAUAUGCCAGAAAGGGCAGUCCUCACUGAUCAAAGUUACAACGUUAACUAUGCAAUGCCAAAGGCUGCCCCAGGAGACUGGGUAGCUAUCCAAUACAACGAGAAUGGCCACGUCUCGCUCCCAGAGUCACCCCAGCUCAACAGGGUAUCACCUGUAAAUCGUGGUACCAUCUACCUCUAUGGAACGACCAACAACAACCUAGCCGAUGUCCGCUUCGCUGACGUCCACCUCAAAUGGACGGCUGAUGGCACCGGCGGCGAUAAGAAGGGAAGGCUCUUGGCUACCAGGCACUAUGACGACGGCCAAUGUCGUGAGCCCCUCAACCCAGCAACUGGCGACCCCGCAGGCAUCAAAGCUUUCCGCCAGGCCAAUUUCAAGAUUCCGGAUAUAAUGGGAGGACGCCUAAUGUGCCAGUCGGAUAUCAAGCUCCCGGCUGACCUCAAAAUUGGACAAGUGUAUACAAUCAUUUGGGUCUGGGACUGGCCACAAACGAGAGAACGAGGCGUUGCCGUCUCUCCUUAUACCUUCAUCGAGGAGAACAAGGACGCUAUAGUGUCAGUUCCGGAAAUAUACACCGGAGUUGUCGAUAUCAAUAUUGUCGACCCCUGCGACGAAAGCCUUGGUGAAGUUAAGGGUCCUGGAUGCAAGGGUGGGGGCAAGACUGACGUGCAGUUUGUGGAAACGGACUUCAGCAAAGCUGCUAUCAGAGCGCAGAUGGCGAAUCUUUUCAUGGUCAAAGUCCCGCAGAAAGGCAAGGCCGCGAAAGCUGGCGUCGACUAUAACGAAGCUGAUAUCCCAAUGGCCGGUUUGAUCGGGAGAACAGAUAGACCGAAUCCCAUUCCAUACGAUAUUCAGGCUAGGAACAUGGCCCGACAAAAGAGCUUGUUUGUACAAGUAGGAGGCAGCGUUAAUGCUCCUUCCGCAAGCUCUCACACCGGUGGUGGUUCUGUUAGCGCCUCAUCUUCGACAGCUUCUUCUGCAACCCAAACCGGAAGCCCUCCCGCCGGCGGAGUUUUUCUUAGCGCCUCAUCUUCGACCGCUCCCGCUCCGGCAGCAUCUUCUGCGCCUGUUUCGUCUGCAUCCCAAGCAUCAAACUCGGCCCCUACUUCGAUACCAGCCACUGUAUCUCAGGAAUCCAGUGUGUCCGCACCAGUUAGCACCAACAACCCGACUGAAGGAAACGGCCAAAAUCCCAUCGCCGGAAACACCAAGUUUGUGAUGGUCACGCAGACCAUCACCAUGCCCGCGUCUACCGUCUACGUAACCGAGACCACCCAGAUUGCUAUCAUGACUGCGACCAUCUACGAGACCGCGUACAACCAGACCACGAGCGCUCCCAAGUUCCGUCGUGGAAAAGGCCAAUGGGGCUUUGUCGGCAGGAAUUGA